AUCAAUCAAUUUAACCUUAGACAUCAUUCGUUAUUGUCCCAGCCAAAACAGUGAAAAACUAAAAAAAAGAAAAAAAAAAGUUAAGAAAAUGAAAGAGUCAACAAGACUCUUAUGGAUAUUAUCCAUCAUUGUUUUAGUGGCAGCCGUUUCUAAGGCAGUCUCAGAGCUAGACAACGAUGCAUUUGAUGAUGAUGAUCAUACUUCAUUGGAAGGCAUGACGAUUAAACGUGAAGCCAUCGGAGUGAAACCACCAAAAGCUGGCAAACGCAAAGGUAAAGGUCGUGGCACCGUCGCGGCAGGACCUGAGAUGAAUUGGCCUGGACAAUGGGAGUUAUUCAUGAAGAAUUCUGGUGUAUCAGCCAUGCACGCAAUUUUGAUGCCUUUGAUCAAUAAAGUUCAGUUUUACGACGCAACCAUUUGGAGAAUUUCACAAAUCAAGUUGCCUCCUGGUGUAGCUUGCCAUGUUUAUGACCAAAAGGCUAAUAAAGUUGAUUGUUGGGCUCACUCUGUCCUCGUCGAUAUCAACACCGGAAACAUCAAGCCUCUUGCGCUUACAACAGACACAUGGUGUUCGUCGGGAGGUUUAACUGUAAACGGUACUUUGGUAAGUACUGGAGGAUUCCAAGGAGGAGCAAACACGGCAAGGUACCUUUCCACCUGCGAAAACUGUGUAUGGAUUGAAUAUCCAAAGGCACUCGCUGCAAGGAGAUGGUACUCAACACAAGCGACUCUUCCCGAUGGCACUUUCAUCGUUGUUGGAGGCCGCGACGCUCUCAACUACGAGUAUAUCCUUCCGGAAGGACAAAACAACAAGAAACUUUAUGACUCACAACUUCUUAGACAAACAGAUGAUCCUGAAGAAAACAAUCUUUACCCUUUUGUUUGGCUUAACACCGAUGGUAACCUCUUCAUUUUCGCUAACAACCGAUCCAUUCUUCUUAGCCCGAAAACAAAUAAAGUUCUCAAAGAGUUCCCUCAACUUCCUGGUGGUGCUCGUAACUACCCUGGUUCCGCUUCCUCGGCUCUUCUCCCCAUCCGCCUCUACGUUCAAAACCCCGCUGUCAUCCCCGCUGAUGUCCUCAUUUGUGGUGGUGCAAAACAAGACGCUUACUUCCGCGCUGAGAAGUUGAAAAUUUACGAUUGGGCCUUGAAAGAUUGUGCAAGGAUAAGCCUCAAUAGUGCUAAGCCUGUAUGGAAAACAGAGACCAUGCCAAUGUCACGUGUGAUGAGUGAUACUGUGAUCCUCCCAAAUGGAGAAAUUCUUAUUAUUAAUGGUGCAAAACGUGGCUCCUCCGGUUGGCACUUAGCCAAAGACCCAAAUUUUGCUCCACUCUUGUACACACCUAACAAACCUUUAGGCAAACGUUUCAAAGAACUCGCUCCUUCAACUAUCCCUCGCGUCUACCAUUCCAUCGCAAUCGCUCUUCCUGACGGUAAAGUUCUUGUUGGUGGAAGCAACACCAACAACGGUUACCAAUUCAACGUUGAGUACCCAACCGAGCUCCGCAUUGAGAAAUUCUCACCACCUUAUCUUGAUCCAGCUCUUGCCAAUAUGAGACCAAGAAUCGUAAACACCGCUACACCAAAACAGAUUAAGUAUGGACAAAUGUUUGACGUAAAGAUCGAGCUUAAACAACAAAACGUAGCAAAGGAGAAUGUAAUGGUGACAAUGUUGGCACCAUCAUUUACUACACAUAGUGUAUCAAUGAACAUGAGGUUGCUUAUGUUGGGUAUUAACAAUGUCAAGAAUGUUGGUGGAGAUAAUCAUCAAAUCCAAGCCGUUGCUCCUCCUAGUGGAAAUGUUGCUCCUCCUGGUUAUUAUCUUCUCUUUGCCGUCUACAAUGGUGUCCCUAGCGUUGGAGAAUGGAUUCAGAUUGUGUAAUUUUGAUAUGCAUAUGUAGUGAUAAACUUAUUUUUUGAAACGAAACCUAUAACAUGUUUGUAAGGCUAAUUUUUUUCUUUAUACUUGUAUGAAUAUAUUCUUUGAUUCUUA